GUAAUGCCCCUUCGGCGGGGGAGGCGGGCUGUUGCUCUCAGCGGCUCCUUUCUUUUGCCUCCGCCCUUCUGUGAGCGUGAGCUUGAUGCUUUGGCUGAAGAAGUGGGGAUGGUUUGGGUCACAAACGCGACGGUUUUCAGGGUUGGCUGAUGAAUUGCACAUGCCUUCCCUGCCAGAAAUGAUGUUUGGAGACAAUAUCCUAAGAAUACAACAUGACCAUGGUUUUGGAAUUGAGUUCAAUGCAACAGAUGCUUUAAAAUGUGUCAAUAAUUGCCAAGGUAUGAUCAAAGUGGCUUGUGCAGAGGAGUGGCAAGAGAGCAGGAGUGAGACUGAGCACACUAAGGAAGUUGUCAAACCAUAUGAUUGGACUUACACAACAGACUACAAAGGAACAUUGCUGGGAGAUAAUGUAACAUUAAAGGUUGUGCCUACAACAGAACACAUAAAUACAGAGAAAUUGAAAGCCAGGGAGCAAAUUAUGUUUUUUGAAGAAGUCCUUUUGUUUGAAGAUGAGCUUCAUGAUCAUGGAGUAUCUAGUUUGAGUGUAAAAAUAAGAGUUAUGCCUUCCAGCUUUUUUGUGUUGUUGAGGUUUUUCUUGCGAGUUGAUGGUGUACUUAUCAGGAUGAAUGAUACAAGGCUUCACCAUGAGGCUGACAAGGCCUACAUGUUACGAGAAUAUACAUCCAGAGAAAGCAAAAUAUCAAGUUUAAAGCAUGUUCCACCUUCCCUGUUCACGGAACCUAAUGAGAUCUCUCAGUAUCUGCCAAUAAAGGAGACAAUUUGCGAAAAGCUAGAAUUCCCAGAGAAGUUGGAGCCUGAACCACAAGCAUCACUGGAAAGCACAUGUGUAGAGUCUAAAUAAAUGUGACUUUAUAUGGACUUGAAGUAGACUGGAGAUCAUGUGACCAUUACCGGUGUAGGGGGUGGUUUCACUGUUCGUGGAAUAAAGAGUUUGGCUAAUUUUUCUGUAGCCCUAAAUGAAAACAGAACUUAUUUCAAGCAGGUUUUGAUGAUUUUAUUUUUUUUUAUAGUUCCAUCUUUUUUUUUUUUAUUUCAAACCUGCAUCUGGAGUUAAUGAUAGACUGGUGAUGAACUAUAGUCUUAAAUGGCAAUGGAGAAAGACUCCCAUGAUUAAGCAUUUGGGUUCUGUUUAGUUCAGCUGUUACAUAGGAGUAUUACCUGGACCCCCCACCACAAACACUUCCAAGAAGAUUUUAUUGUUCUUGCUUCAGAUACCAAGAGACUACUACAGUUCACAAAACUGUAGGGAAAUCUUCUGUAGUUUAAAAAAAGAAAAAAAAAAAUCCCUCUGCAUAUGUUUUGGGCUUUUGGUCCCAAACUAUACCUUUUGCUUGGCUCCCCCUACUGCAAGCUGAUAACCAAUUAAGUUACUUCUUGGAAUCUCUGAUCUGGCCUUCUGACUUAGGAAUAUUCCUAUUUUAUCUGAGAAUAGCUUUAAGGAGCAAAAAUAAUUGCAUUUGUUUGACCCUGUAUAAAGGUAAAAAAUACUUUAUUCAUGAGCCAUCAACUCCAGAGCAGGAAAAAUGCUGCCUAUGUCAGCCAUAUUUCUCUAGGCAGCUCUAGAAACUGUUACUUGGGGUAGGUGAGCUGCUAAGGUCGUGUGCUAUCUUGGAAAUGCAUUGUUCUGUAUUGACCUUCUUCUGGGCAUGUCAGCUAGUGCCCAUGUGUGAUGGUUAUGCUGCCCUGACAAUCAAACUGUUAAAUUCCAGGGUGGCUUAUGGCUGGCAAAGAGAGGGGAGUUUUUAGUCUCUCAUCCCUAAAGGAUGCUGGUAUUUGCAAUUUGAGAAACAUGAGCUUAUGUAGUUUUAAAGGAAUGCUAUCAUGUAUUCUGGAUAUGUAAUUUUGAUUCAUCUUUUAAGUUCUUUAAGUUUUAAUAGAAAUGUGUUCACAUGCACAUUCACAGUUUUAACUCAGUCAUUUGUGGAUUAAACAUUUAAACACUUAAAUUUCUUUUGGAAACUCUAAAUUAUGUUAAUGGCUUACCAUAAGAAUGAGGGAGCUAAACUAGUCUUAGUUUACUGCUCACACUCAGUGUUAAGAGCAAGAAGCAAAUGACAUUAUAGUGAAAAUAGGCCUUGUGCAAAAUCUAAAAUAAUUAAGAAAAUGGCAAAUAAGAAUGUGUGCAUUUUGAUCUUCUGGAGGUUUUUUCUUAAAAUUUUAAAUAUUCUACACUGCAUAUCUUCAUACAAACAACCUACCCCCAACCUCAGUGUAUAGCCAGUUCUUUGGAGGAAUGGUUUUCACUUGAAGACCCUGAAAUUUUUAGAAAAAGUGUAUUGCCAUCUAAGUGACAGUGGUCUUAAUAAAAACAAACCUGCCUUGUUUCACCUUUUUUUUUUUUUUUCCUACACCUGCAGUUCUUAUCAUUGAUUUACAUUGUAACCAUGAGGAAGUUACUUCUGUGCCUCAGUUCUGUGUCUGUAAAAAUGGGACUCAUACAUGCCUAGCUUACUGAAGGUUUAUGAGGGUUAUUUUGUAAAAUGCUAUUAUUUUUUUUUCCUGAAUACACAUUCAGCCUUAUCUUUGGAAAGGGUUAUUAUCAAAAAAAAAAAAAAAAAAAAUCUUACAAGCUAUAGGAUAAAGUGAGUGAAGUGAAAUUAAAACAAAAUCUCUGAAAGAAAUGAUUAUCAGGCAGGCAUGAUUUGGAGUGAAUGAAUUUAGGGCCAUUUGGAAGUGGGGAUGAGAUCCUGUAUAUUCCCCUUUUCUGAGUCCUAAUUUUUUUUCCACCUUCCUGAACUUGUUUCCUAAUAAAGACUUCAGCAUCAAGAUGAAGAAGGGUAGGUGUACUUGGCUGCAAAUGAAUGUAGCAUGAAUGUGAUCAAAAUUAAUUUCAUAAUAGGGAUAAUUUAGGUCUCUAUGUGGCAGAGGGAUGUGAGGGAGAAUAAAAAGGAAGGAAACAAUAAAUGGGGGUGAAGGCAUAUUUUCCCUGUGAAAGUAAAUCAUGGCACUUUUUUAUUUUAAGUAUACACUUUUUUACAUGCCUUAGAGGCUUAUAAAAAAACACUUUAAAGUCAAAGCUGGUAGUGACUAAGAAGGCAUAUGGCAAAGUACUGGCAAGAAGGAAAUUAUAUCUGCAUUUCUUAAUUAAAACUGUUUCAGGUUUGGUGAGUGAUAUUGACAUUAAACUUCAUGGGGCUGUAGUGGGGAAAACCCACAGAAUCGACACCUAGUGUUAAGCAGGGUGCUGUGCAUGUUUAGCUUAUAUUGUGUAUUUUAUGCUGUCCAUCGCACUUACUGAUUUGUGACCUGCUGAUACAGUUGUCUUGACUGGACUUAAAUCUCUGAAUAUAUAGAUAAGUGAUAUCCAUUUAUUUUGGGUGCUGUGCAUUUGAGUGGAACACACAUGUUGGAGGGAUCACAAGAUUACGUUCAGAAAGUUAGAGUUCCCACAAAGUAAAACAUGAAACACUUCUUGUGACUCUGUUAUAACACGUAGGUUAUCAAGAAGCAGUAAAAUAAAGUACUGCAAGCUCUCUGGUGCAUAUUUUCUAGAGAAAAGAACCAGAUUAGAUGUAUAAUUCUGGGUGGAGGGAGUGGGGUAAUUCUCCAGCUGUUCCAUGGCGAGUUUAACAUGUGGCGGUUUAUAUUCUUAUCUGUAUGUUGCUAAAUAAAACUUACCCAACGUUUUAUAGUUCUGUUUUUAUCGGAGCAAAAUAAAGUGAAAUAACUACUUGUGAUGCCGAA